AUGGCAGCGCCAACAACACUUCCAGCUUUGCUGGACACCCUCACAAGGUCUCUGACGUCAACCCUCGAAGUAGCGCCAAAACUCCAGAGUUUAGAGCUUCCUAAGGAUGGCAUCUCUCUCCUCGAUGUCAAGAAUGAGCUGCUCCUGUCAUAUCUCCAGAACAUCGUCUUCCUCAUUCUCAUUAAGUUGCGCGAGGCAAAGUACAGCGCUAGGUCAGAACGCAAGUCAGAUGAGCAGAGCCUGAGCGACUUGGUUGUGCGGAAACUCGUCGAACUACGCCUCUACCUUGAGAAGGGCACAAGGCCGCUUGAAGACAAACUCCGGUUCCAGAUUGACAAGGUGCUCCGAGCAGCAGACGAUGCUGAGCGCAAAGCAAAGGCCGCUGAAGAAGCAGAAAAAGCGAAGUGUCAGAAGUCAGAUGAUGAAUCUAGCUCCGAAUCGCAGUCGGACAGUGAGGAGGAAGAGUCGGGCGACAUGGAUAGCAAGGUAAAUGGUCUGAGCGGUGCGAGGACAGAAGAUCUUCUGCAUAGACCAAACCUCUCCAACUUCCAGCGUCCAGCCGCAGCGACAAAGGUUACAAAAGAGAAGGACAACUCUGGAGUCUACCGGCCGCCAAGGAUAGCGCCAAUUGCGAUGCCGACCAACGAUCGGCGAGACAAGGCUGAGCGCCGGCCGCUCAAGUCUGCCACAUUGGACGAAUUCAUUGCAGAUGAGGUGUCUACGGCUCCCAUUGCCGAACCUAGCAUUGGUACCAAUAUUGUCAAGCGCGGUCGCGGCUUGAAGACCGCUGCUGAGCGUCGCAUGGAGGAGGAGCGCCGCGAGUACGAAGAGACGAACUUUGUCCGCCUGCCCAAGGAAAGCAAGAAGGAACGUGCCAAGCGGGCUAGGAUGGAGGGCCGCAGUGGUCGUAUGAACUUUGGCGGCGAAGAAUUCAGGGAGCUUGGUGAAGGUGCCGAGCGGAUCAGCCGCUUGACCAAAGCGAAGAGUUCUGGCGGUGGUACCAAGGCCCUGUUGGAAAAGAGCCGCAAGCGCACCAUCGACACAGUGAACGGGUCCCGUGGCAGCGGUGUGGCCAUGGGUGAGAGAUAUCAGAAGAGACUCAAGGUUCUCGAGAGUGGUCGUGGGACAAGAGGCAAGGGACGAUGA